GUAAAAUAAGUAAAAAUGCCGGGAUUUGUUAUGUACAACAGACGAUGGUCUUUGGGAAGCGAUGAUUUUCUCCUUCCUGGAAUCCUUCUAGCCACCCUACAUACAAUCUGGCUGACGGUCAUUAGUAUUCUUCUUUCAACUUCAACAUUAGAUGAGAAGGAAAAAUGCCAGGUUGUAUAUAUGGAACAGCUGAUUGGAUAUCUGUGUUUAUGGUCUGGCAGCUUAAUCCUGGAAUUAUGCAUAGUUUUCACUGCGGCUAGGGGAACCGUUUUCAACGAUCGCCCUAGAGCCGGGAUGAAAUAUCUAAUCUAUAUAAAGCAGGGUUUAUGGUUACUAGAAGUGUGCUGGGUUUGCCUAGGUGUAUAUUGGUUGGCUAAAUACUUCCAAAGAUCUGCCUGUUCUCUGUCAUAUACAUAUAAAAAUGUUCUCUUAGCUCUGGUGGUGUGUAAUCUUGUUUCUUUAUCUAUUUUCCUGCUAAUUGUCUGGUGCUCCUGGGACUAUGCUGGCAGAUCAUGGUUUAAAUUGAAGAAGUUUCAAGAAAGAGCUCUACAAAGCAGUAGCAAACAUAUUAGAGACGGCCGGUAUUCUGGUAUUAACAGAAGAUCAGGGGGGACUACCAGAAAUUGGAGACAUAGAAAAGUGCAACGUGCAAAUCAAAUCGCUUGGGAUAGUCGCUGCAGUGUUCUGUUCUGUUGCGCCCGCAGUGAUAAUAAAAGCAAGACUUCGUUCACUGAUAUAGCUCGCUUGCUCUCGGAAUUCUUUAGAGAUCUUGACGUGGUACCAACGGAUAUCCUGGUAGGUCUAGUACUACUCAGGAAACGACAGCAAGCUGCCCGCCAGCGAACCAUUUCUCAGCCGACAAACAACGUCUACGAUUUCCUGUCAGGCGUUAAAGUCACUCCAGACACACAAUUCGUGGCGCUCAACAAUCCUCAAGAAUUGGAUAAACUCAGAGAAACUGUACAUUACAUGCACUUUGCCCUGGCGGCUUAUGGCUGGCCUAUGUACUUGCUACACAAUAAAACUGUACCGGUACACAAGGCCGCGUGGAGGCUAUGUUCAAGUCUGAGCUGUUGCUGCAUGAGCUGCUGCAAUCAUAAAGUAGAUGUAAACUCAGUAAUCCUGGAGGAUAAUUGUUGUCUAUGCAAUUAUGCAGCCCUUAAACAGGUCUGUCAUCUGGAUUCGACAGAGAUCGUAUAUGCAACUUAUCAUGUCGAUGUCGGAGAGACUCCAUUCUUUAUUGGAGUCGACUUUGACAAGGCUCGAAUUGUCAUCAGCAUUCGUGGAACUUUGUCCAUGCAGGAUAUAAUUACUGAUCUGAAUGCAGAAUCUGAAAUUCUACCCUUAAAGCCAGUUAACGAAGAUUUUAAAGGACACAAGGGCAUGGUUCAAGCAGCUGAUUAUAUUUACAAGAAAUUAAUGGAUGAAAACUUGUUGGAGAAGGCUUUUAAUUGGAGAACAGAGUCGGGGACAAGAUCAUUCCCAUUGGUUUGCGUCGGGCAUUCUCUUGGUGGUGGUACAGCAGCCAUACUUGCUAUUCUACUUAAACAAGAAUUCCCAAACAUUACUUGUUUUGCAUUUUCACCACCAGGUGGACUUCUUAGUGAGCAAGCUAUGCUGGCCAGUAAAGAGUUUAUAACAAGUGUUGUUGUGGGUAAGGAUGUAGUCCCUAGGUUGGGUAUGAACCAGCUGGAGACCCUGAGACAUGAGCUGAUGGCCACCAUCAAGAACAGUCCAGAGAACAAGUGGAAGACACUGUCUCAGUCUGUAAUCUGUACACGAGGAAAUCCUGACUAUUCAGAGGACGAGGCAAUAAACAUGAGCCCCACAGCUAUCAACGUUCACCCUCUAGACAGCAGCAUAAACCUGUCAGUUCAUCAACCUUUAUAUCCUCCUGGAAACAUCAUACAUAUCGUCAGACAUCAUCCUAAAGAUAGAAGGUAUAAGAAAAAUGAGCCGAUUUACCAGGCAGUUUGGGCGGACAAUCGAGAUUUCGAUCAAGUUCUAAUCUCUAAAUGCAUGGUGCAGGAUCAUAUGCCGGAUAGUGUUCUUGAUGCUUUGGAAAAGGCUUGUUGUAGUCAUGCUUGGCACAAUGUGUACACAUCAAGAGCUAUAGUUGGACCAACACGCCAGGCCAGUACAGGUCUGUCUGACCCUGUCAAUAAGUCUGAGACGGGUCCGCCUGACCUUGUAAAUAAAUCCGGGUUGGGUCUACAUAACCCUGUACUCCAGGCAGAAAAGGGUCAAUCCAUCUCUGCACACAAGUCCAGGACGGGUUUACCUAAUCUCGUACACAAAGUCGGCAUGGGUCAACUUGAGCCCACCCAGCCUGCUGAAACAGAGCCGGCUCGUCCGGAAGAUAUUUGUAAACAACUACACAAGGCACAAUCAAUACAGUUAAUUCCUUCAAAGAAACAAUUAAACCCAAUCAACAAUGAUCCAAUAUUGAAAUCUAAAGAGCAGGGGGAAUCUAAUCUAUUCCCAACUUCCUCAAUGCAAAUGGAGGAUUCUUUUACGCAAAAUUCAUCAGAACAGGUACGAAAGCAGUACGCUAAAAUCCAGCACUCUUCACUGUUUACGGUUAACGUAGAACCGGUUUCCUGUAAAAACAAACAACCCAGCUCUUCCAAUCCAACCCUGGGGUCCAGUCUAGAUGUAGUUCCAAUCUGUGAUAAUAAGUUGGUUAGUGAAAGAUAUUUAGAAACAAGUUUUGAGCUAACAGAAGUCCUUUGUAAAUCCGUCAGUGAAAAUAAUCUUGAAACUCACAGAAACCUGGUGGUUUGUCAACAACACCUAGAAACCCUGAGAGGGAAGGUUGCCCCUAUUGCCAGUCCUGAGGUUUCAGAUGUUUCAUCACAAUCAUCAAGAAUAUCUCAGCACAUUCAAAUCCUUUCAACAUCAAGAUCUUCAGGGGAAAAUCGAAAUGGGUCCUUAUCACCUAAUAGAGAAACCGUAUCCCCUAACAAGGGAUCCUUCAACCGUCAACAAUCUGACCAGCGUGCAUCUAGCUUAUCCGUCAGGAUAGAACAGAACUGUAGGUCGUCUUCAAGGGAUGUGAAGAGUGAGCUGAACGCUAGCCUUGAAUCCAGUAGUCAGCAGGAACAUACGAUUCAUUCAGGAAUCGAAGCUGUUGUUGACAUUCAUAAAAGUAAAGAAUCCAGUGACGAUAACGACGAAGAACCUUCAGACGGAGGAUUAAAACCUGACAAGGAGUCAAGAGAAGGAUUAAAACCUGAUGAGCAGCCAAAAGAAGGGAUAAAAAGCGUAAAAAAAAUCCGGACACCCAGUGAUAUUUUCUCAUUCUAUGAUAUUUCUAGAGAUGGAGCAACGACGGUUUAGAAAAAAUUUUCUAGUCUUUUAUAUUAAUUUUUUCAAAUUCAUACCAGAGAAUUUCCUUGAAUUAUAGCUGAUAAAUGUGCCAAAAUAUUUGCGUUAGUUUUCCACGUGUAUGUGCAGAGUAAAAUUGAUAUUAUUGUCGUUCACAAAAACAUAUUCGUUCGAUGUUCAAAUAUUUAUUGUAUUUAUAAAAAUUAAUCUCAUCACAACCAAACAGUAUUUUCAAUUCUUUAUUCAAGAAUUUAAGCUUAUUUUCUUGAACACUUCUUUGUACUUUCGAAAGGCUGAACAUUUUCCCUCCAAAAAUAUAAACAUCCCGUCUAGUAAAAAGCAGUUGUCUAAAGGAGUUACGCGCGCUUGCCGCGUUUAAUUACAAGAAAGAUAGAGAUUAUAUAUUUUAGGGUUAGGUCAGGUUAAGGCACAUUCUGGGCCGACCGUUGCGGCAAGGACAAGUUAGUUGGCCGAGCGACGCGGCUGGAACAGGUUCUCUCUCUCAGUCUUGUAAUUCAACGUGGCAUGCGCGCAUAACUCCUUUGAGCUGCUUAAAAAUUGUUAUUCCAACAGUCAUAACCAGAAACUCCUAAUUAAGAAGACGACUUUGUAGCAAUACUUUUGUGUUUUUAAUGUUGUUAGAAAGCAAAUAGUUCUACUAGACACUUAUUAAAUCGCAAAUCAAGUGAAUUUAAACGGACCACUUCUGUUUCCCGUGCUUAUCAGACUAACUAAAGUCAUAAUUUGAGUUUAAAAGUCUUCUUUCUAUUCCAGAGUUUUCUGGUUAUUACUGUAUAAUGUAUUGAAAAUCGCUUUCCUGCCAAAAAGUUGUAAUUUCUAUUUAUUUUAACUUUAAUAAAAUGGUAUAUAGGAAUAA